CUAUCUUUACUCAUCAGUGGUCUCUGACGGCCUGCAUGGGGUGGAGUACCCGUCAAGGUCACAAUCGUGCCGGCUGGCCAAAGGAUACACUGGGCCUGGCAACCUACAGCCUAGCAAAUUUACAGACAGGAAAAGGAGCCUUCCCUCCGUUUCCCAAAUACUAUGUUGAUGCCCUUCCUUAGAAGUCUUCCCCUUAAUUAAGUUGGCCUGAAGGUCAUAAGCCAUAAUCAAUAUGGAGGCUGGUUGCUGCAAGGUGCUAAUUGACAGCCCCAAAGAGGAAUAGUGUCAACAAUCAAUAGAAGAGAGCAGAGCAUUGGUAGAUUAAUGGCUUUGAUUUUGAAAAGGUAUGGGAAUGCCUGGUGAUGUUUCCACACAACCCCCCUGCCCCCCCGUACUCCUUGUGAAUGUUAAUGCUUUCUGGAAGAUGAUUUCAGACACACUGCUAGGAUACUGCCUGUACUCACUGAAGCAGGAUCCUCUGAAGACUUGCUGAGGCAGAACUGAAUUCAUGGCUCACCACAAGGAAGCAGCCGUAGUGGCCGCUAAGGAUGCCUCCCACAGAAAGACGAUGCUCCUUUAACUCGGGGGCUCUAAUGGGAAUUUGCUAAGCCUGAAACAACGGCUUUCGAUCUGGGGUGUGCCCUCAGCUGCUUGCAGCUGCCUCUGUCUCCUGCCUCAACAGCAGCUUGGUCGGGAAGAAUGGAAACUAAAGAGGCUUAUAACUACCUGUAACUGUUCCACCAGGACAUGGAUCAAGUGUUUGUUCAGCCAGACUCAGAUAACUCAGCGUCUCCACGGUGCAGCCACCAUGAUCUCAGCAGACUGAUGAUGGAAGAAAAGGAAACUGGGAGAUCCUGUGCUCCUGCUUCUCUGGACGAUGGAUGGAGGACAGCCCGUCCCUUCACCCCUGGUGCCCCUUGAGAAUGCGUCGGCAGAUUCUAGCAUGUCUCUGGAGCAGAAAACCACAUUUGUGUUUGUGAUUUUGUUGUUCAUUUUCUUGGGCAUCCUCAUUGUCAGGUGCUUCCGGAUCCUUCUGGACCCUUACCGGAGCAUGCCGACCUCAACCUGGGCCGAUGGACUUGAAGGGCUGGAGAAGGGGCAGUUUGACCAUGCCCUUGCUUAGCAGAGGGCCAGCAGGAUCCCCCUCCUGAGGAAGUGAAGGGCAUCAUGUCUUGGCAAGGAAUUCUCUUUAGUCAAUGUUCUCAACAAACCAAGUUUUAAUGGCACUUGGUCCUAGACCUCCAAUCCCUCAUUUAUUAAACAUGUUGUUAGGUUAAAAGCAUUUGAAGGAUAUUGGAGAUGAAGGUUUAUAACACUCUCCCAAAAUAGGAAGGCUUGAAUUUCCAUGUUUACUCGAUGAAUGAAUAUUGCUGAACAUGUGCGGUGGGGAGAGCAAGAGCCUCAGCAGCACUGACACAAACUUUGCCAUAAAAUGAAGCGCUCGCCCACCCAACCAGAGAGUAAAGAAUGGAAAGGAUCUGAAAUGAAUCUGAUCACAGCGCCACGAAGAGGCUUCCUUGUUCUGAGCUUGUCUCUCCGUUGGUUUUAUUUCUAUGGGAAUCCGGGUCCUGGGCAGAGACUGGGCUGAGUGAACCUAGAGGAGCACUGGGAAGCCAGGGGGUGGGGGGCGCUUAGCACAAAUGGUUCCAUCCCUGGAAAAGAUGAGUGAGGAUGAUCUCAUUUUAUUUCUCAAGUACAACUGAAUUCAAAUGCUUACGGAGGCUUGAAAACUCUCCGCCAG